AUGAUUGCAAAGUUUUGGUUGCUUCAACUCAACUUUCGUCUAGAAUCAUCGAUUUCGGUAAAUGGAUUUUCAGAAUUUUUACUUAGAGAAGUUCGUGAAGCACUUGGUGAUGAAGAUGAUUUCGUAUUGGAGAGAGAAGUUCGUGAAGCACUCGGUGAUGAAGAUGAUUUCGUAUUGGAGAGAGAGGUUCGUGAAGCACUUGGUGAUGAAGAUGAUUUUGUGUUGAAGGGGGAUCUUAAAGUACUCGGUGAUGAAGAAGAUGAUUUCGUGUUGAAGGGGGAUCGUAAAGUUUCUGAUGACGUGUUAGAGGUUCGUAAAGUAGUUUCUUCUUCAUCAACAUCAGGAGGGACGAGAUAA